UCCUUCAAAAUAAUAUGGUUAUCAUUGUCCCAUCAAUCAAUAAGAAAGGAAAUAUUACAAAUAUAAAUAAGGAAUAUAUGCACAAUACACAAUCAAUAAAACAAAAGAUAUAAAUGGAAAUCCAACAAAAAAAAAAAAAUGCAGAAAAGUUCAACAUCAUCUCCCAGCAGUUUGUUGGGAGAUGGAUUUUUGUAUGUUGAGAUGAGAAGCACCUCGUCCACUUAGUAUUGCAAGGCAGCAAACAUAAAUUAGAACCACCUUAAUGACAAGCCUCUAAGAUUAUAAACAUCCUCCAGACACUUCGGUCCAUUUAUGCUGAUGAUGUCGCAACAUUUACCAUCAUAUAUACCACAUAUUUUCGGACCAGUCCAAAUUUUCGAAUCGCUUCUAGUCAUUUUCUCAAUACCUGUUAAUAGUUUUCAGCCAGAUAUGUGUAUGUUUGAAUAUGACUUCAUUUAUUGGGAGAAGGGGAUCCACAGUACCAGAAUUUGGAUAAAAUUUGAUAACAACUGUACUUCAACUACUAGAGCAACCCAUGUGGAUAUCUUCAAUACUUUCGUUCUUAUCUCCUAUAUAUACAUACCAAAUAAACAGCAGAUAUCCAACUCAAAUCUUCUCACAUAUUCUCAUUUAAGCAGUACAAUCUACAAUUUCCAGAUUCAUCGCAAGAGCUCAACCCUUCAAAGUCAGUCCUUGACUGUUCUUUCACUUCAAUCAAUUUUAGACAUGGGAAUACGUCUACCUUCUCUUCUCCUUAGUGCCAAACAAAUUCUGAAGACACAGUCAGUAUCUGUACGAGGUCAAUCCAACGUACCCAAAGGUCACAUUGCAGUAUACGUGGGAGAAAUUCAGAGGAAGCGGUUUUUAGUUCCAAUAUCUUACUUGAACCAUCCUUCGUUUGUAAAUUUGCUCAGUAGGGCUGAAGAAGAGUUUGGAUUCAACCAUCCAACAGGAGGUUUGACCAUUCCCUGCAAUGAAGAAGCCUUCAUAGAUGUCACCUCCAGACUGUACACUUCAUAAAAGAUUGAAAAAGAAGAGCGAUCCAGCUUGCAGUUUUGACCACUUUUCUUUUCAUUUUCU